AUAUAAUAAGAGUGUGGAUAAAUGUUAGCCGAUUGAGCUAUAAUGAAUGACCAAAGCCAUGUGAAAUCUCUGAUGAAGUGGGGUCCCCAAAAGCUUACCUGGCUGUCAGACUUUCUGACCUCACAUCCACCUGUUUCUCAUUCCCUCCCUAUAAAUAAACAACACUCAAUAACCCCUUCUCAUUCCAACAUUUUUAUCCAUUAUCAAACUUCAGAGAAAAUCUAAGCAAAAGCCAUUAGAAUCAGGUUUUAGAGUUGCCCACUUGGAGUACUUGAAGUUUACUCAAAUGGGUAUCAUCAGAUUACCAUCAACUAUUCACAAUCUCAAGCAAGUUCUCAAGCUUCACUCACCAACUACAGGAGCUAGGCAUCACCACCACCAUUCUGGUGUCCCAAAAGGCCAUAUUGCAGUUUACAUUGUGGGAGAAGUUCAAGAGAAGAAGAAAAGAUUUGUGGUUCCUAUAGCUUACUUGAACCACCCUUCAUUCAAGGAGUUGCUAAAGAAAGCAGAGGAAGAGUUUGGUUUUGACCACCCAAUGGGUGGUUUGACCAUUCCAUGCAAAGAAGACACUUUUGUUCAUGUCACUGCUCAAUUGAAUUUUGCUUCAUGUUGAGGAAUGAUAUUGAGAGUAACUCCACAUUUUUUUGGGUAGUAGAGGUUGUAGGGAUUUUUGUUACAUGUAAUACUAGAUAAAUCCUACCAUUUUUAACUGUUAUAGCUCAUAUUGCUUUCUAUUGCAUGGCUACAACAUAUGGCUUCAUUCCUCAAGUUGUAAAUUCCAUGGCCGUGACUUUGGAAGCAUUUUCAUGUGCUUAAUUUUUCUUCACAAUUUGAACAUAAGCUUAUGAUGUGGAUUCUGUCAGGCAAUAUUUUAAACUGAAAGAAAACUCAAGUUUAGA